AUGGACGUAAAGCUAUCUAUAGGAGAGGAGGACGUUGUAAUGAACAACUCGAUCACGGAGGUUAAGAAGGAUGAAGGAGGAGCUUUCGUGGAAAUGUUAGAGGAUGAAAUGGAUCCUUUGGAGGAAGAAGAAAUCUGGAGGAGUCGCCGGGAGAGAAUGAAUAGUGCAUUGGCAGCUGCGCAAACCGUGUUGCGACAAGAUCCAGCAAAAGUGUAUGCAGCUGCUCGAAGACUGGCUGAUGUCAUCAAAGAAGCUGAUAUCGAAGAGUUCAUGUCUGUGAUCGAAAGGCUGGCCUGUCACAGCGAUCUGUCUGCCAUUUUGAGUUUCGAGGGGCUAUCGAGGGGUUCUCUGCUCCACAUUGCAGCAGGCACCGGCAAGGACGACAUCUUAAGGCUCCUGGUUGAUUCUGUCGCUGACCAUCUCAUAGCCGCCCAAAAUGACUGGGGAGAUACCCCCCUUCACCUCGCUGCUAAGGCUGGGGGAUCUAGAGCUACCGCGAUGUUGAUUCACCGGGCAAGAGACCUCCCCAACAUUGAGAUCAAGUACCUCCUGAGGAUGAAGAACAAACAUGGAAACACUGCUUUGCACGAGGCCGUGCUUAAUUGUCACGCCAAUGUGGUGCGCCGUUUGUUGAGGGAAGAUUUGGAGCCCGUGUACUGGAAGAACGCAGAUCAGAAAUCUCCCCUGUACCUGGCUCUCGACACCCGCGACUCUGCAAUACACGACGUUUUAUUUUCGCUCUCGCUCGAACCAUCGAGGAUAGAAGGCUUGCCGCCUGUUCAUGGUGCCAUUAUGCGUAAGGAAUAUGAUUUGGUCGUCGAGAUAAGCAAAAAGAACAUGAAGCUAUUUGCAAUGGCUGACUCCGGAGGCGGUAAUGCAUUCCAUUUAGCAGCUUACAAGAAUCGGACCCCAAUAUUCGAACUCUUACGACCAGAAACUGAAUAUUUGGCCCGAGAGAAGGACAUGGAUGGGCAUCUUCCUAUUCAUAUCGCAAGCAAGAUGGGUCAUGUCGAACUAAUCGAGAAGCUGUAUCCGGUAUCACAUUUGCUAAACAGGCGAGGACAAACUGUUCUUCAUGUUGCAGCAAAAUACGGGAGAACUUCAGCAGUGAGAUAUAUACUCAGACAUCCAGAACUAGGGAUGUUGAUAAAUGAAAGAGAUCAUGAUGGAAAUACACCUUUGCACUUGGCCGCGAUACAUUCACAACCUGCCACUUUGAUUCCUCUCAUGCAGGAUGAAAGAAUUCAGCUCAUCCUUCUCAACCACGAAUGCUUGACUGCUCUUGACGUUGCUCUAGAAAGUAUGAGGAGGGAGUAUGCGUUUCGAAAGUUAAUGGCAUUCAUGGUGUUGGAAUACAUGUCAGCUGUAAGCAUAGACUUACUCGUACUUAGGCCGGAAGCUCGAGAUAAAGCGUAUCCAACAUACGAAGAGUUCGAAAAGAAGACGAAUAUGGAACAGGCGAAGGAUGUGAUCAAUACCCGUUUGCUGGUGGCAGCGCUUGUAGCCACCGUGACUUUUGCAGCUGGUUUCGCAGUUCCUGGAGGAUUUAACAGCUUGGACAAGGCCUCCAAAGAUAAACUGGGAAUGGCUAUGAUGUUGGACAAGACAAUGUUCCAUGCCUUCGUGAUUUGCAACACCAUUGCAAUGUUCUGCUCAAUGAUCGCGGCCGUCAACCUCAUGAUGGCGCAGCAAUGCGACGUCCUCAAGGCGGUAGCUGCAUACCAGCACUCAAAACUGCCGCUAACAAUUGCACUCCCGGCUAUGUCCGCCGCUUUCAUAACUGGUGUCACCUUGACAGUGGGCAAACUCCCUUGGCUUGCUCACUCCAUAUUUUAUUUGGGACUCGUUUUCCUCCUCGUUAUCUUAGGUGCUAAAUUGUUAGAGUACCCUCAAUUCUUUUGUAGCCGCUAUCGUCCUAUCCGUCUAACAAUAUUCUGGCUAUUUCUCGCUUACAUCAAUUGGUGGGGAGUUGAGAGGCACCUUCCGAAUGACUCGGAAGAGGACGAGAAGGCAAGCGGGACCUCCGCUAGUCAGCCUCUGGAUGGUGCUGUUGAAUCAAAUGACUUAUGA